AAAUUCCCACAACCAUAAAAUGCCAUCCCUUCUUGCCAUCCCAAAAAUUUCAAUCCUCUCUAUUCCCCCCUAUUCCAUUGGCCUUUUGUCUUUCUCUCCAUCCACCCUCACCAAACUCUCCACAUUUUGCUACUAGCUAUACCCAACUAAGCACAUGGCAGAGUCCAAUUUGCCACCAGGUUUUAGGUUCCACCCAACUGAUGAAGAACUCAUCCUUCACUACCUCAGGAAGAAGGUUGCUUCCAUACCCUUGCCAGUUUCCAUCAUUGCUGAGGUUGAUAUAUACAAGUUGGAUCCAUGGGAAUUACCAGGCAAGGCUUUGUUUGGAGAGAAAGAAUGGUAUUUUUUCAGUCCUAGAGACAGAAAGUACCCAAAUGGUGCCAGGCCAAACAGGGCUGCAGCUUCAGGGUAUUGGAAGGCCACUGGGACAGACAAGACCAUAGUGGCUUCACUGCCAGGAGGAGGAAGAGCCCAAGAUAGCAUUGGUGUGAAGAAGGCUCUUGUGUUCUACAAAGGAAAACCCCCAAAGGGUGUCAAGACCAAUUGGAUCAUGCAUGAGUAUCGCCUUGUUGACCACAACAAGCCCAUUAAGCUCAAAGACACAUCCAUGAGGUUAGACGAUUGGGUGCUGUGCCGCAUUUACAAGAAGUCUAAAUGUGCUCUAUCACCAACAGAGGCAGGAACUGGUGUAGGUGAGGUGGAUCAAGCAGAAGAGCAACUACUCAACGACACUGUUUUCCCAAACACACUGAUUUCUCAGAAAUCUGUGUCCUUCUCCAAUCUGUUGGAUGCAAUGGACUACUCCAUGCUGAGCAGUUUCUUAUCAGAGAAUCAUUACAACCAAACAGGGACUGGAUCAAGUGCGGGUUUCAACAAUUUGGAUCAGCAAUCCUCCACAAUCAACACCACCAAUGGGUACAUGUUUCAGAUGAAGAACACCCAAUUGAACCAUUCAGCUUCCAACACUGAAAACACCAGGCCAAAGCGUGAGCUUUCAAACAUUGAUGAGGAAACGGUUUAUCCAUCGAAGAAAUACCUGAAUUCUUCUUGCAACUUCACUAACAUCAAUGCCCAACUUGAGAAGAAUCCACAAUGGAACCACCUCAUGAAGCAGUCUUUGCUGAAUCAGCAAUUGCUACUUGGUCCUCAUCUGCAUUUUCAAGGAUAGUCCAAACAAUCCCAAUAUGUGUAUGGCUGCAUAGUAACGACCGCGUUUAGACAGUCACAUUCAUAACAGUUUUUUACUAUUGCUAAGUUGAAAGUAGAAAACAUAGUAAUUUUCUACUUUGUGACGGUAAAAACUGUUACAUAAGUGAUUGUCUAAAUGUGACAUAUACUAUACAGCACUACCGGGAACAUUUUCUUAGCAGUAAAGAUCAAAAACCUAAAAAAAAAUUGAAGUCUUAAAAAAAGACUUGAAACUAGGAAAAGAAAAUAUCUAGAACUGGGAUUAGGAACCCACAAAGAACACCACCAAUUUGAUCAUAGGUUUGGAUUAGUACACAGAAAAAAUUGGCUUUAUUUUUAUUUAUUUAUUUACCUUAAUUUGUGUUGAAGAAUUAAGAAGAGGUUAGGUUGGAAGGAGGAAACUGUUUGGUAGGAAGUGAAAAGAAAGAUUCCACCAUUCGAAGACUCAAUAAACUGCGAACAUACAAAAAUAUCUAAGCUUGGUGACCAAUCAGAAACAAAUAGUGUACAAAAUGUGAAUUUGUACUUCUUUGGUUUGGCAGGGUAGCUUUAUGAUAUACUCUUGUAGAUAAGGCAUUAUUGUACUGAAUACUGAUGAUUGUUUCUUGUCAUA